UACGGCGUGGUUGUAAAGUGCAUCAGGCUGAGUGACAUGAACACUGUAGCCGUGAAAAUAGUGAAAAAUGAGUACUUCAGAAAUGGGCUGGUGAACAUGGAGGUGGCUGCCCUGCAGAAGUUAAAAAUGCAUAACUCUCACAAAUACAACUUGGUUCAGUUUAACCGAGUCCUUACCAAUCGGCAACAUGUAUAUCUCGAGUUUGAGCUUUUGGACAAAAGCCUUUUUGAACUUAUGAAAGAGAGACAUUUCCAGCCACUUGGUCUAAAGUCAAUUAGACCCAUCGUCCAGCAGAUCGCGAGAGCUCUUAAUCAUAUGAAGUCUGUAGGAAUAAUACAUGCAGACCUCAAGUUAGAAAAUGUGAUGCUUGUCAACCAUCAGCAGGAGCCUUAUAGAGUCAAAGUGAUCGACUUUAGCCUGGCCUGCGACGUCUCAUCUGCCAAAGGGGGCUCACGCAUUCAGUCCCGUCAUACCGGGAGUACCUGGAAACCAAAGGAACUUUUAUUAGAGGCUACUGAUACUCACACAGUCACACACACCUCCAGUGUUUCGUGA